AUGCCUCCGACCCAGAACGGCGGCGCCGACUUCGGCACCUGCAACCCCAGCAUCGACUUCCAGCUCGGUCGCGGCAACCGCAAGCCCGACGAGGGCACUUUCCUCCCCAGCGACGCCGUCGUCGCGCAGGGCCAGCAGGAUGCGCUGAACCCCAACAUCAUCACCAACCGCGUGUGCGACCAGCUCACCAACGUCUGCAACGCCAACCAGGCCGCCAAGGACCUCUGCGAGCAGGCCAAGGCCCAGGUCGAGGCUGCCGGUACCCGGGAUGCCUCCACCGCGCAGCUUUUCAACUCUGUGCUCGGCUUCUAA